GAAAAAGUUCAACUCAGUACAGCUCUUCCUGGGAACUCUGCAGCAAACCAGGGCAGAAAGCUUGAGGUCACUGGCUGAGAGGAAUCACAGAUGACACAGGCAGGUCUAGCCUGCAUCCAUCAAGUGCACAGGUUUCUUUCAAAUCCUCAGUAAAACAGCCCAGGCUGCAUUUGCAGGCUGAUUAACCUCUCCUCUUUCUGCAAUAAAGAAGUAGGAGUGAAGCCCUUGCCAUCUGCACACAGUAACUGGCUACUUUUCUGCUCACACAGGCAAAAUGAACAUUCAAGAGUAUUUCACAAGAAUUUCUUACAACGAGACCCCUAACAAUACAGACUUGCAAACCUUAACAGCCAUCUUCCAGCAUCACAUCCGGGCCAUUCCUUUUGAAAACCUCAGCAUGCACUGCGGGGAGAGCAUCGAACUGAACUUACAGUCAACUUACGAUAAGAUCGUGAGAAAGAAUCGUGGUGGAUGGUGCAUGGAGAGCAAUCACCUUCUGUUUUGGGCCUUGCAAGAAUUAGGGUAUGAUGUCUGUAUUCUUGGAGGAAAUAGUUAUGAACCAGCUGAUGGGGCAUACACUGCUGAGAUAAAUCACAUCCUCCUAAAGGUGGUAAUCAAGGGAAGUCCCUACAUAGUGGAUGCUGGCUUUGGUGGUGCUUACCAGACAUGGCAGCCCUUGAUGUUGAUUUCUGGGAAGGAUCAGCCCCAGACCCCUGGCAUCUUUCGCUUCAUGGAAGACAAUGGCAUCUGGUACUUUGAGAAAGUCAAAAGGAAGCAUUAUAUUCCUGAGGAGAAUCUCCCUGCCACUAUUCCUGAGCAAAAUGUCCCUGCCACUGAUACUCCAGAACAGGGGAAUAUCAGAAAAAUAUAUACAUUUACUCUUGAACCACGAGAUAUCAAUGACUUUCAGGAGAUAAAUACAUACCUACAAGUGUCUCCAGAUAAUAUACUUCAGAAGAAGUCAAUCUGCUGUCUCCAAACCACUGAAGGGCUUUAUGCCUUAGUUGGAUUGACCUUCACUGAGAUGAAGUAUGACUACAAAGACAACAUGGACUUGGUGAAAAUCACAACUCUUACAGAUGAAGAUGUCGAGAAGAUACUGAAAGAGAAAUUCAGUAUAGUGCUGGAGAACAAACUUGUACCAAUAAACAUUCGUGGCUUGCCACCCAAUUUAGUAGACAAAAUGUCAUACUAA